AUGCGGGCCAUGCGGUGGACCUGGCUGGCGACCGCAUUCCUCGCCUCCGCCGCGCGAUCGAGUGAGAGCGAGACAAACAGCCCCUUCAUCGCACCCGCCAACGCCGAGACCAACAACCAGCGAGCCUUCGAAGUGCUCCAACUCCUCAGGCGAACCGAGAACAACUGCCCCAGUGGGUACAAUCCGUGUUCGAAGCUCGGUAACGCCGACGCCUGCUGCCAAGAUGGCACGAUCUGUUCGCGCGACUCCGCCAACAACAUCGCCUGCUGCCCGACCGGCGCCAGCUGCACGGGCAGUCUGACGGCCGAGCCCUCCGCCACGGAUGGAAGCAGCUUUAUGUUCCCCCACGGUGCGACGGCGGCGACGACAACUAGCAGCGCUUCCUGGGCGGUGAUCACUGGGUCAACGCUCGCGGGGGCGUAUCCGUUUAUUUAUGUGCCGACGACCUUUGACAACGCCCAGACCUGCUCCUCUUACUACCAUAUCUGUCAGUCGGAGUACUCGCAGUGCACAGGCGCAUUGGUUGGUCGCUAUGGAGUCACCGUCGGGGGCGCAGGCGGUGCCGGCGUGACGGUCGAGGCGAUAACGGACUCGGCGCAGGCCACCUCGGUUUGCUCCAGCUUGAGCGUGAGUGCCUGUCAUGGUUUGGAGCUUGGGUAUUGUGGGACACUACAGACUGGAGCGGCGCAGGCCUAUGGCAAUGGCAAUAAUGCUGCGGCGCCGGGCCAGACAACGAGCCUACACGACCUUGCGCUGGGACUAAUUGUUGGGGUUGCUGGGAUGUUUAUAUGA